AUGGCGACUCCAUAUCCACCAGUUCGUGAUCCACAGGGUGAGCGGCCAGUUCGUGAUCUACAGGGUGGCCUACAUUUGCAGUUCGACGACACCAUGUUCGAGGACUUCGUGUUUGAUAUGGCACCAUCUGCAUCACCUGCCGCAGGGGCCGCUCAGGAGCCCUCUCACCAGGCAUCUCAGGAGGCCGUCGACACACAGGUUCAUUGUUCUACGCCUGUGGGUCCACAGGAGCGACCCAUCCAGGAGACUACCUCAUAUUCACCACCCCACCCAUCUCAGGAGCCUACAGACCCAUCUCAGGAGCCUACUCAGGCGCCCGUUGACACACAGGUUCAUCCUUCGGCGCCUGAGGUGGCGACUCCCGACGAGGUAGAGGUCGAGACACCAGACCUAACUCAGCCUGAGGUUCUGAGUGUGCCAGCGGGAUCAGAUCCCAAGAAGAAGCACGUUCUAGUUAAGGGAUCACGGGUCAGGCGAAGAGAUGAUGAUCAUGAGUUGGAGCGCCCGGUUAUUAAGAGGAAAAAGGGCGAUGGAGACGAUGACGAGCCCGGUGGGGAUGGUAUGAGCCUUAGGCCUAGGGAUAGUCUCAGGCAUACUACAUGUGGGACCCAUCCUCGAUAGUGUAUAUACAUUAG